ACGUCAGACGUCAGGCUGGUGGUGGAGGUGGUGUUCCCCACCAGUCACCACCAAAACCCCCACAAACAAACGCUCAUACUCGCUUUUAUCUCCCCUUUGUCCUCCACCCCGCACAUUUUAUCUGUGUCUCCCAUGCGUAGAGAUACUGGGGGAGGGCGGGGGUCAUGGCUGGCUGUGUGAUAUAGGUUUUACAUGACAGAGUACUGUGCUGGUAUCAUAUACGUGAGUGGCUGUGGGGUAGAGCUCUUAGUGCCAUAGAGCUAGUGUUGACUUUGCUACUGAUAAUAUUCAUGUGUCAGCGGGUCCUGUGGUGCGUCAUGGGUGUAUUAACACUGUGCAUAGCAUGAUAAAGCCACCCCUAGAGACAGGCUUGGUGUAUCAGGUACAGAAUGGGUGAUAUUGGGAUGGGUCAACUCGGGCAGUGUUGGAGGGAGGAGACACCCCAAGACACUGCAGGGCAGCUUCUCUACGUGUCCUAGUCCGGUAUACAGGGGCAGGAUGUGGGCAUGGUGGGUGCUGGUGGCUGUGCCCCUGUGGGUGCCUGCAGCCACCAUGGACUUCUCAUCAGAAAGGUCCUGCAAUCGGUCUCGGCGGGUCCUGACAGGGUCCUGGGGCAUCAUCACUGAUGGUCCUGAAAAAUACCCUGAAGCCUCACAUUGUCAAUGGCUUAUAAGAGCUUCUUCACCUGAGCAAUACAUAACACUCAAUGUUACAAUCAUAGAAACUGAAUGCUCCUAUGACCACUUGUAUGUGUAUGAUGGAGAGACAUACAAUGCACCUAUGCUUGGAGUGUUUUCAGGAAAGACCAAACCCCCUCAGGUCACUGCAAGUUCAGGUGCCAUGCUGAUUCUUUUAUAUUCUGACACUAACUAUGCUCUGGAUGGAUUUGUGGCUGAAUACUCUAUUACCGAUUGCCCUCUCAACUGUUCGUCGCAUGGACUCUGUGAAAAUUACAAAUGCAUCUGUGAUGAACUGUACACUGGUGAUGGCUGUCAGCGUCAGCACUGUCCAGAAAAUUGUGGAAUGGCGCACAACCGUGGACACUGUUAUAAACCUUUGCCAACCCUUUGGGAGAUUAAACCUGCACCGUAUUGUCUCUGUAAUGAGGGAUAUUUUGGUGAUGGUUGCUCUCUAAGUGCAUAUGACUCAGAAGGAGGUACAUGGCAUUGGCUUUGGCGAGGAGGACCGCCACUAAAUGACAGAACAAGUCAUGCUAGUGUAUACUUGCCUCAUUUAGAUCGCUUGUAUGUUUAUGGAGGGUAUAACCUAAAUAAUAUUUUGGGGGAUCUGCUCAUCUAUGACUUUGGCACAAGUGUUUGGGUCAAUGUAAGUGACCCAGCCAGCCAGAGUCAUCUCAGCAGACGUCUGAACUCCCAACGCACUGCACGACUAAAAGGAAUAACGGAGUAUCAGGUGAUGAACAGUUCUCUACUAAGAAACUUAACUUUCUCGGUCAACAGCAACAACACUGUUAGUGUCAAACGCAAGAGCCUUGCUGGGGAGGCUCCAAGAACUCGUCGCAUGAUCAGACCCAGUGAAGAGAUAAGUUCCAUCCCAGCUAACCAUAACACCCGGGCAGUAAAUCCAGGUCCCAGAUAUGGCCAUGUUAUGGAGAAAUAUGACCAACAUUUUGUUCUCUUUGGUGGAAGGCUAAUUUCAGGAGAAGUAAGUAAUGAACUCUGGCUUUACAACACAACUUUGGAUGAAUGGCAACUUAUAGAAGGCAAAGAACAAAGUGGCAGUGAGGAGAACCAAGCUAAACAUGACAACACUCCCCAUGGCUUGAUGUAUGCAACUCUGACUCUUGUUGAUAAUGAUUGGCUCUACCUGUUUGGUGGAAGUCUUCAACAUGGAGAGUUUUCAAACUGCAUGUACAGAAUAAAUCUGGGAGGAAACAAAACUUGGGAGAAGGUUACAGUGCGAGGAGGUAAUCAGUUGGAAGUUCGUGUCGUUGGUCAUUCAAUGGUUUUUCAUGCUUCAUCUAGAUCUUUGCUUGUAUAUGGUGGAAUUAGAGUGGAUAUAGCAAGGUUCUCCAAACUUUCUGAUCGUCUCUUGGUUUUUGAUAUUGACCAGCACUACUGGUCACAGAUUCAUUAUCCCCGACCUCACAAUACCCAACCGCUGCACAUUCCUUUGGAACGUGCAUUUCACUCUGCUGUUAUUGCUGGUAAUUAUAUGGUUAUAUUUGGUGGCUAUAUGCACAAACAUAAAGAGGAGGAGACAUGUUACGAUAACAAGAUCUACCUCUACCACCUGGGCUGCCAUGUAUGGAUGUCACACCAACUAACACCAACAGGUCAUGCUGGCAUAUACCCUAAAAUUCAAGGUGUUUAUGGACAUAGUGUAUUUCUGCGUGGCGGUAAUACGAUGGUCAUAGUCGGAGGCUUUCAUGGCAUUGUAAACAGUCAUGUGUUGGCAUAUGUUUUACCAUCUACUUUGGUGUCUCCUGAAGGCCGCGAAUUUGAUAUGGAUGAGGCAUGCCGAAGACAUAGCACCCAGGCAUCAUGCGUGUCCAACCUGGAAUGUGGUUGGUGCCCAUCUGAUUUGAGCUGCUAUGAGAGGUCACGUGGUGCUAACUGUACCAAUAACCUACAAACAUCACAGUGUCCUGGUGUAUGUGCAUCCCUACAUUCAUGCCAGUCAUGUGCUAUUCAUGGUAGAUAUUCCCAUGGUCGACCAUGUGCCUGGUGCGUCCAGACAGCCAAGUGCCAUGAACGAGAUGAACCUAGUGGUGGGUUGGGCCGGUGUGGAUCUCCCGAUGAUAAUCCCUUGGGUCUGGAGGGAUGGUGGGGUCCUCAUGGUAAUGACCUAGUUUCUCCUGAAGAGUGUCAGGAGUAUGACAUGAGACCUGGCAUAACUGUCAUACGCUAUCGUCACCCAGUUGAUCUUACUAAGCCUGAUCAUGUUACUAUUGCAAAUACCACAAUUCAGGAGCUACGAGAUACUCAAGAGUUUCGUGGGGCUCGAGAACUACAUACAGGAGGGAGUACCUUGGCCCAAUUUAUUGGGUUUAUUCAUCCCCUGGGAGUAAAACCAGUCAAAGGAGACAAAAACCUAAUGAUGUUUGUCCAGGCUUCACAUGUGAAUGCCUCACUUUGGGUCUCUCUUGAUGAUACUGAAGAAAAAUUAGAAUUGGUUGCAAGCAUUGAUGCAAAAAAAGAAAUGCGAGAAGCAGCACGGCGACCCAGAGAAGAGGCUAUCUUUUUGGACUUGUCUCGUGGUUAUCGAUAUCUUACAAAGCUGCAGGUUAGCCAGCCUGUCCAACCCUCUCCACAAAAUGGAGUUGUGAGCAUAGUGUGGAACGCUCACACUCACACCCGCCGUGUAAUAUCUCUUGAAUAUCUUGAGCCAUAUAGCUCUGGAGGCUCAGCAUGUACUGCUCACACAACUUGUCUAGCCUGUCUCACAGAUGCCAAGUGUGGUUGGUGUAGCCAGACAUUCUCUUGUGUUGCCAGACAUAAUGAACAUUCUACUUGUUCAUUAACUUCAGCAGAGGGCACCAAAAAUAUCUAUUUUCUCACCUUGGUACCUGAGCAGUGCAUAACUUGUGAACAGUAUAUCUAUUGCACUGACUGUGUAGGGUCUGGGAGCUGUGAAUGGUUGCCAGAUGAGGCACAUUGCUCCAGGAAAGGAAGAUUUCAAGGGGCAGUAAUAGAGGUUGGUAAAUGCCCUGCACCAUGUCAUAAGCGUAAGUCCUGCGCCACGUGUCUUGGGGACCCAGGACGUUGUGCUUGGUGUCAAGAAUCAAGUGAAUGUUUCCUUUUCUCGGUGUAUACAUCAGUGUAUCAGUAUGGUUCUUGUCGUGUGUGGCUAGAUGAAGACCACACUAAUAUGUCUUCUACUCUUCCUUCUACAUUAUCUAGCCCUCUUGAGAAUGUAGAGCAUGUAGGUACAACUUUGCCCUACCUCUCCACAGUCUCCUCCAUUGAAGCCAGUACACCUAUGAUGAAUCUAGACGCUACUGAAUGUCAAGUUUGUGAAAAUCUUCUGUCCUGUGAUGCUUGCCUGGAAUCUCUCAGCUGUGGUUGGUGCUACAAUGUGUUCAAUCCUACCAUUGGUAUUUGCACUGCUGGUGAUUUUUCACAACCAAAUAAAGGAGAUUGUGGCAGCCUUAUUAGCCCCCUGUUACUAGCUGCCAGUGAGAAUACAUCAGUUUUUGUGGACCUACAAGUUUCACAAAGCAAUUGGGCUUAUGCAAUGUGCCCAGAUGUAGAUGAGUGCAAACUGUCACUUCAUGAUUGCCAUCCUAAUGCAACAUGCUCUAAUACCCACCCAGGAUUUAACUGCACCUGCAGUAGAGGCUUUCGUGGAAAUGGACAUGACACGUGUGAAAGAACAUGCUAUGAAAGUUGCAUCCAUGGGUACUGUUCUGGCCAUCCUGAGUAUAAGUGUGUCUGCAACCUAGGCUGGAUGGGGCCAGACUGUGCCACAAACUGUGGCUGUAACAACCACUCAACGUGUCACAAAGGGGUUGGCAUCUGCGAUCAAUGCCGAGACGGGACUGAUGGGCAGUACUGUCACCUCUGUCAGGCAGGAAACUUUGGUAAUGCUACAACUAUCGGGUGUCAGAUGUGUAAAUGCAAUGAUCACUGGGAUGAAACCCUUGGACAGUGUAAUCAGACUACUGGAGAGUGCUUCUGUAUCCAUAAUACCGAUGGACAUAACUGUCACAAAUGCUUGCCAGGAUUUUAUGGUGAUCCAAGUAACGGCGGACGUUGCUUUAGAGAAUGCAGUGCUCGGAAUAUUUUGUAUGAAGCAACAAAAGGCUACUUGGGAGCACAGACAACUGGAUUGGAGCCAUCUGCAACUUGUAUGUGGAUAAUUACUGCUGGUGACACUUUAGAGCCCCUUACCGCCCUCCAAACUGGAUCCUAUAUCAUUCAGAUAACAAUAGAAGAAAUUAACAUAGAAUGUGGAACAGGAAUCCUCUAUGUGUAUGAUGGACUCCCAAAUUUCGUUUCGGGCAAUGUACGUUGGGACCGACAAAAUCACAUCAUUGUGGGAGCAUUCUGUGCAAGUCAGGCAUCUUAUCCUGUGACUGUACAGGCUCUCUCUGGGCUUAUGACUGUAUUCUAUGAAAAAAAUGAUCCUGCACAAGGAUUCAAUGCCAGUUAUGAGGUGUUGCAUUGUGUGAAAAAUGCAGGGCACAACCGAAUAUGCACCAAUAACAAGCUUGUCUGUGAUGAAAAGUGGUCUGGGGUCCAUUGUGACAUUCCCAUCUGCCCCAACAAAUGCUCAGAAGCAGAAGGACGAGGCAAAUGUCACUCCGGUUAUGGGCGCUGCAUCUGCACACUAGGAUUUGUUGGAGACGAUUGUAGCAUUGUUCAGCGUGAGCAUCAGGUAAUGCUAGUUUGACUUGUUUAUCUUGAAUAGAUUUAUUCAAAUGAGUGAUCAUUUGUUAAUACUCUUUUAUUAUUCUUAUUGGCUGGGUUUAUUGGAAAUAUCAUUGAGUAUCAGGUUUGGUGUGCCAUUUAAAACAGUCUCUUUUCACUUACUUAUUGGAAUAUACAUGUAUAGCAUUUUUUGCAGUGCCUUUCAGUAGUGUGACAAUCAGUAACUGUUAGUAUGUUAAGAGCCACCUUUAGCAGAAUGAAUUAUUUUUAGCAGAGAACUAACAUAAGAUCCAUAGCAUCCUAAUUUAGUAUAAGUGAAAAGCUACAUUAAUAUAAGCAAAAGAACAAAGUAACUUAAGAUCAAGAAACUGUUACUGUAGUCAUAAUUGAAGGAAUAAGGUAACCUAAGAUCAAGAAAAAUUUUUUUUAGCAUAAAUGAAGACACAAGGUAACUUAAGAUUUAGAAGCAGAGGUGAUGCAUCACCAAGAAAAGCUAGAUAAGAAAAAUGUAAAUACUUAAAUAAAAUAAUGAAGAGUAUUUUGUCAUAGAGGAUAAAGUUUGAAGGUGUAAGAUUUAAAAUAGCUGAGAUACAAGGGAAAAAGAACAAAUUAAGCAAUAAAGAAUGCAGAAAUAGUAAUUUUAGAGGUAUUUAUAAAUAAAAAAAAAAAAAAGUUAUUACUUUCUGAGUAGUUUCAGGGAAUAUGAACAUAAAAAAAUUACAGAGGCCAAGUGUGAUGAUUA